CAUUUUCAGGGGAGCACUCGAGAUGAAAGAGUUAGAUAGUCCUAGUAUUGAAUUUGAUGUCCUCUGAAUGAUUAAAAUCGACAUUUUUGGAAGACUCAUACAACUUCUACUACUACUACUACGCAGUGUAGUACUACUAGUUGUUUUUGGAGUACGAGUACGCGAAGUUCCAAUCAUGAACAAAAUGGCAAGAGGUCGCUCAUUCUCGUUUCUGCUCUACAACUGAGGGGCGCUCCUCGUUGUCGCUGCUUCCAGAGGCACCAUGCACACCACAUCAUGCGUGAAGAGUUCUGCCACGAGCAUCGCUCCGAUUUUUAAGGUGCAGCACAUACUCGAAGAGAAGAGCCGACACUUUGGUGCAGGACUAGAGGCGCUGUAAAGCUCUUGUCAAGAAAGCUCACGAAAUGGCAAGGAGCGGCGCUGUUGAGCAGCAACUUGUCGUCUCCCUUGCGGAAGAAGUGAGGGACCUCAAGGCAACCGUGAAGAGUCUGGAGGCGCGGUUAGAACAUUAAGGCAACCAAGAGAGAGCAUCCUCAAGUGUGAGCAAAAGCAAUGAAGAGACAGCACUUUGCAAAUUUUUUAACGUUUAUAUCCGCAACAUCGUCACUUAACCAAUUAAAUAUUUUCCAAAGGGAAAUGGAAGUCAAAGGAAAAUGGAGGCCUAUAAUCGUUAGGUACCUUGUCAAAAUAAGGGGGUUGGAAGUUGACAUCUCUAUGCGCAUCUCUGUGGCUUUUUCAAGUACGUAGGAAAGCCAUAGAGGAUAUGCGAGCUAGAGACGCCAACUCGUCUCAACCUCUAAGCAAAGGCAGUGACUGUCCUCGUAGCUCCUCUUCUAAGAACAACAGCAGGAGAAGUUCCAGACUGUCCCGAGUGGGUCGCAAUGGACCAAUCUUGUGACACGGUUCGAGAAGCAUGCGUCACCUCUGCUGGAUCGAUUGUCGAAAGAAAUGGGCGAACGCGUUCUGAAGGACGAUUUUACUGCCCUAGAAAAACGAGUAAAAUUGUGUGAACGUGACCUGUCACUCAAAGCAGACGCGGAUGCAAUGAGUAAUGUGUCGCAACUCGUAGCUCAGUUCCGAAACGCAAUAGGCGGAAAAGCCAGUCAAGAUUUAAGGCUGGUGGAUUUGCGUAGUAUUAACGGCUUUGGUUUAGGUUUUCCUUAAUAUACUUCUGCUAGAGGAUGAAAUGAUGCAUCUUUCUAGCUACUAGCUGCUAGAAGAAAGAGUAGAUCAUAGCUACUAGUCGCACUUGAUGUAGUUUGUGGAUGAAGAAUCCGUUACUGAUUUACUCGACUACGAACCACAUCAGCGAUUCCAGUGAUGAAAUUGAGUACUAUCUCUUCAUCUUCUAAAAACUGCCGUGCAGAUGCUCCAGCAAAGUGUAGCCGAACAAAGGGACUCCCUCUUAUGAUGUUGUUAACCCAAAUGUUUAUAUGUGGACAUAAAAAUAGUUCUUUUCCCUCAUAGCGUAGGUGGACAUCAAUAUCUUAAGUAGCGAAGGUCGACACUCAGUGGUCACUUCUGAUGCUGAGCGGAAGAGGCCACCUUCAAAGCUCUCCCCUUUUCCCUUCAUUACCCCCUGUUCUCUCAAGUAGGUGAAGAUCCAAAACAUCGGAGGACAUGCUCAUCUCUUGUUCGCUACUUCUUCACCUACUAGUUCACUUGAUUAUUUUUUUAGUUUACGUGAGUCCCAGUCCUAUCCAGAAAUAGGACGAGAGAGACGCAUUCAUAGCGCAAAGAGAAGGCAGCGGCGCACCGGGUAGAACAAAUCCAGAAUGUACUGGACACUCUCGUAGUUAUGACUGACAGCACUGUCCUCUUUCUCUUAGAUACACAAGUGGGCCUGCUCCGAAGACGAACCAAGAAUGAUUGACGUCCGCAUAUUAACAUGGAUCGACAUGAAUCUUGUUCGGAGCGACUAUCAGAACGAGGGAAAUAUUCAUAUCUACUUAAGCAAAACUAUUCCUGCUCUCCACCACCACUAAUUCGAAGCAGUCGAAAAGUCGCUACGCUAGCGCAGUGGACAUGGAUUCCGUACUGCAGAGACUUCCUGCCGUGGAGCACGACCUACAGCAAAAGCCUGAUCUUGCCGAAUUUCGAGACAUAGUAAUGAUAAGAUAUUGACAUUGAUGUACUGAUAUUAACUGUGGUGCGAGAUUAUUAGAUUGUAUUGUAUCAGAAUCAAUCCUGAUUCAUCUUACUCUCGAUUCAGUACUUCUUUUUUGGAAAAAAACAAAAAUCAGACCUAAAUUUUUUUUAGAGGAUUUAGACCAGGGAAAUGAUUGCUCAAUUAGUUAUGUUGGGAAAGAGAGGACCUGCCUAAUCGUCGUGAGAGCCUUGAUGUUAUGGAUUGCUUUCCUGCCACAGCGAUUACUGUUUAAUAUGUCCUGUGUUCCGUUCUUGCCACCCCCUCUAGGCGUCGCGUGUGAUGCAGACGGAAACGGCGCUGCUUUCUAAGUACAGUAAUGCCGAAGGCCGGAAUCUAGCGCAGACUGUGGCCAACCUGGAGGUGGUCGUUGGCACUACUUCCGGUCUGAGUCCGCAGACCAUUGCUAGUAUUGAGAAUCGGUUGGAACAGGCAGAGGCAAGUCUGAACGGCAAGGUAAACGUGGAUGAGCUGUUACAGGUGAAUAACCGAACAACCGCAGUCGAGCGCUCGCUAUUUUGGAAAGCUGGUAGUUACGGGUGGUCGUUCCCAGCACACAAUGUGCUGGCUACUCAAUGUCAUUGCUGCAUCCUGCACUAUCAUUCUACUUGGCUUCUUUUCCGAUACCAAAACGAAAGAAGUCAAGCAGGAUGAUGAUGGUCUGACGAACGCAAUACAACCAACGUCGCAGCGGCCUCUAAGCUAGUGUCGAAGUGCAUAAUUUAGCGAAGCGCAUGCUUUGUGCGGAGGUUGAAGUUGCGGGUAAAGCGGAGAAGAGUGUGGUUGAGAGUGCGCAAAAUCGGCUUGAAAUGGUAGAGGAGGAGGUGGCAGCGAAAGCCCGCUCAUCGGACUUGGCAACUGUAGGGAUGGACAACUAGAGUCGUUGUAGUUUCGUACUUAGUCGUUGUAGGUCGUAUUAGUUACUAAUACAUCAACCUACAACGAACAACUAGAAGCUCUAAAAUCUCUGACAGAGCGUUGUGCCUUCUUAGAGCUGCAGCUGCCUGAGAAAGCGAACAUGGAGGAAAUUGCUGUUCACCGGUCAAGACUCAACAUGCUAGAAUUGGAUCUAGUUGGGAAAGCCAAUAAAGGCGACGUAAAUGUGGUGCAAGACAAUUGCCUCUUGCUCACGGAUGCGAUUAAUUAUGCUGGCGUUGUAUCAUACAUAGUUGUAGUUAUCUUGUGCUUUAAUAUUCGUCAGUCACGACAAUCUGAAACUUCUGUUUUUAGAAGAGCAGGAGCAGGACAUUUAAAGCGGAGGCUUUCCUCCUCGUCAAGACCACUUAUUCGCUCCUAUCGUCGCCUCGAUCUUCGUGAUCAUGAAGAUGAUCGAGAACUAGCAGUCUUCAUCACUUAUCACUUCUACUCCGAUCAUUACCCUUCCUCUGCCCCUUCUUCCUCCUUUACCUUUCUCCCAUCUCCAAAAAUUAGGAAAUGUUCGGGUGUACUAGAUUAGUGUUAGUUAUGGACCUAAUAAAGAUUAACUAAUCCACUAUCGUCUAGAACAGCUGCAUUAUCACUUCUACUCUUCUAAGCUAACGACCGGGCGCUGCUGAGCGAAGUAUCCGCCUUGCGAGAGCAAAUUGAUAUGAACGCGGAAGGGCUCAUUAGCGAGCGGGCAAAGUCAAGAGAUGAGAAUCUCUUGCUGCAUCGCGACUUGUUUCGGUUGCAGAGACAGAUCCGAGAAAAGCCAGACUUCGCGAGCCUACCCAUUGGACCCAACCUGCUGCGCGAUACCAAGAAAUUUUCGGGGCUGUGUAAAGGUUAAGAUUUAUUUAGAUAUUUGGAUUACUUGAUUCUUUAUCUUUUGGUUUUUUGUUUUCUAGUUAGGUGUGCUCCACCGAUGUUAUUAAGGCUUGGCGAGAUACUAAUCCAUCUUCUCAGGCUUGCCCUAAUUCUAAUCCAUCCUCUUCUUUCAGGAGUAUCUACUACCUUCCACCUCCUGUUGUCCCAUGACGAUUCGAAUCUAUUUUUAGCUGGUUGUCCCAUGCUAAAAAGGCUUACUCAAUACCGAAUUGAGCUGGACCAGUGGAGGGCUUGGAGGAGACUGGUCAGGUUUCCUAUGGAAAAAGCACAAUUUACGGCUUCCCCUGAUGGUCCAUCUACUUCAGCUAGUGCAUCUUGGAAGAUAUGCUGUUCCUUAUAAGGAGAAGGAACCACCAAGAUGCACCAUGUUGUCCUGAAGAAAAUGGAGAUCUAAAUAAUCCUGCACCAACACGAGGCGAUCUGUGUGACGGUCUCUACGGCAGUGGAGUGCUCAAGUGUUAUCCAGGCAGCUUUGGCACCAGCUCAAGUUCAGGAGGCACGAAAAUUAUGUCAUCUAGGGUCGUGUGUGCCGAUGAAAUAACCCAUGACUAGUUAUUUCUGGUAGAACCUACGCAAGAACCUAAAAAAACGAUGAAGGUGCUCAACCUACGAGUAAGAUCGUUGCAUAUUCAACUCUGAUGUGCUCUCCAAAUUAUGAUCAUUGAAAAGCCAAAUUAUUGUCUGAAAAGUUGCAAAUGCUGCAGCGACAGGUUAUCAGACGUAAGUUCUUUCUUCCUCUGCUAAUGGCAGCUCCUCUUCUGGUAGCGGGCACGAGCACAAGCAUCACCAUCAUCACGGAGACUCUUCACGAGAAGGCGGCGGAGGGUUGUUAGGGGAUACGUCGGGGGUCAUCAGGGGUGGAGCGAGCAGCAGUUCUCUGGCUUCAGGAAGCAGUAUACCUGGGAUGCGGGUUGACUGCAAAGUCCAAGUGGUAAAAGUCACUUUUGCUUCAGCGUCAGGGAACAUGUUGCACUAGGAACAAGGACGUAGUACUUGUACUUCGACCAUUCUUAAUCGGUUUUAUUGGUUUGCAAGUAAUUCGUAUAUUUUCUGCUUGUUGUAGUUACAGCACAACUACGGCGUGACAGCAGGCGAGAACUGUGGUUACUUCACAAAACAAUACAUAAGACCAGUAGUACGGCUCUCCUUUGGAGGUUCUGUAUUACUGGAUGGCCUCAAUGGUAGACACUUCUGGCUACAUACUCUCGUCAACGACUUUUCUACUUGGUGCGUCGCUCUAAUUCGGGCGUGGCGGAGGUUCAUCAGGUGGUGGCGGAUCGUCUUCCCCGACGAAGAAGGCUAGUGCAGGAGCGCCUUCACAGACCCUAAACUCAACAAUGGGGAGCACAAAUAAAGGUGGAUCAGGUGCUAGUAUUAAGGCUUGCUGUAAUUCACCUUGUAAGGAACAGGAUUUCAAGAUGAAAACAUGUCCGUUUUGACAGGUUUACCGUUUGAACAGGUUUUCAAGAUGAAAACAUGUCCAGGACGACUUCCAAGAUGAAUUUUGGUCCGCGCUAAUGCUAACCAGGACUCUGCAGCUUCAGCGAUAUCUUCUGGAGUAGCGGCUUUGCUGGGCGAACUAGGAGAGCAUUUCGUGAACCCGGAAACGAGUGAGGACGAUCAGAAUAGUUUUGCUUAUGGUCAACAUUUAGUGUCCGUCUUUCUCAGCAUCUCGAUGCUCUUUUCCAUCAAAUACAUCAACCUUUCUCUCGUCGUCUUUGGUACCAUGCUACAAAGAUCCCAGCAUCUCAAAGAAUAAUACAAGGGAGAGCAAAUGGGUCGUCGAGAUAUAUAGGACUACUGACCACAUGAAUUAUCAGUAAGUAGAACGUGCCUGCCCAUCUAAUUUCCCGGCUCAGACCUCAAUUGCGUGAUCAUAGAUGUAAAGAUCUUAGAUGACGCUGGCGGCCAAGGAGGUCUGGCGAUUCUCUGCCAGUCCCAUCCCUUAUUCACCAGCUACAACCGUGGCAGCUUCCGGACUCAGGUGUCCGUUUUCUGCAAUGUGCUCGAGCAUAGCGGGGACACGGAGUUGUACUUGUUCUUAAGGUGCUGGCGUACCGUUACAGUCGUUGUGUAGCAUCAGUAUCUCCCUUACUUUCAGUCAGUAAAUCGCUUAUUUCAGUUUUUCGAGUAGAAGAAACUCCGCAAUUGCCUAGAAACGAGGGGAUGUAAACGGGAUCGGUCUAAUGUUUAACGGCCGCGGCGCGGGUGUGCGAGUUAGUGGGCGGGCAAAGAACAUGGGGUGGAGGCAUUAUCACUCUUCUCAGAAAGGGUUUGGAGACAACGAGACGUCUUCUUUUGUCGGAAAAGGAAGGUAAUCUUUUUAUCUGAUAAUUGUCAGUCUACUUACUCGUUUAACCACCUGAUAGAAGAACACUUCUGUGGAAGCAAUUAUAUGAACAUAACCUAUUUGUAGAACACUCCUGUGCAGGAUGAGGAUCCACAAUCUGACCACCUCAUCCUACACUUUCACAGAAUGCGUGUCGCUAUUGCUCUACCCUACGUAGGGCACGGGUAUCACGGUGGCGUCCCAGUUUGGAGUGGUUUUAUUAGCGACUACUACGCACAAGACACAAAAGCACUUACAACUGCGGUCGGUGGGGGAUAGUAAACAGAUGAAUAGAAGUUGUAGCGUAGAAAAGAUUCAGGAACCACCGCACUUCUAGAAUAAUAGUGAUUAUCCUUCUAAAAAUGAGAAUUUAUAUGUAGAAAGAACCACAAGAAGCACAACAAGAGGACUAGAAGUAGACGUAGAGUCAGUGUUUAUCCUCGUCUUGAUGGUACUAGUAAGCUGUUUUAUUUGCACCUCUUACCGGUCAACCAACUUGUUUUGUCUGAAGAUUUCACUCAAGUAUUGCCCCUAUUGUUCAAUUAUGUUCGUCACACUUGAAAAAUGUUUAUCAUGUUCUAGGUAUGACAACUAGGAAGAGGUGUAGCACCUUCCUGUGCGAAUGGGUAGAAGACGAUUUUGAUCAUUUUAAGCGGCACAAAACUGCUCAAUGAAGGUCGAAAAGAAGAAGAAAUCACAGGAAGAGGCAAUCUUCCCAAAGCACAGGAGACUUCUCUGAUAUUAUAUAUAGAAAGUCAAGAACAGGAGAGACGUGCUGUCCUCUGGCAAAGAUUAGUGAGCACGCUCAGACAGUGCUCAGACAAG